CAUCCUGGGGGCAAAACUCUUUAACUGCAUUUUGCAUGGUUAAAUCUAUAGCCUCCAAUGCAGGCAUCUCUACAUAUUCUUGACGACAUAUUCUUGUUAGUUUAAAGAGGUUCUCAAAUGUCUUCGGCAAAAGUAAAAUACGUGAAUCACGAUGAUGAUUCUUCUCAAAAUGGACCGCCUAGCUAUUCAGAGUCCGAUCGCGAACGCUUUGAAACGCAAACCCCGGCUGACAGAACAAGAAAUAAAGUCCAACUUCCAAGGGGAAUGGAAAAUACAUUUACUAGAGGAAGUUAUACUCCAUCAGAGGCAUCCUCAACGAGAGGCCCGGUUAGUCCAACCAGAAGUCUUCCCCGUGGUUUUGACAACAUUCAUGGAAGACACACUCCUUCGGUAUCAGGCAGUAUGUCAAAUAAACCAAAACCUGCAGCAAAAAUCAACUUCCCCAAAGGGAUGGAAAAUAUUAUGACGUCACGGCCCUCUCGCUAUGCAGUGGAUCGUUCCGUGGACCCUGAUCGUUCUCCUCCACCCUACAAGUCACCACGAUUAAACCAAACAGAUGCACCAUACUCUUCAGAGAAUAUCGUUCAACCUCGACAUUCUGCAUCCUAUAACACAGGUACAUUGCCUUGGCAACAAGAUGUGACCACUGUAAUGACUAGAGAUGAAGAAUAUCCUUUAACAGAUGGAAAAAACAAUGACGAACCUAUUGCUAUAACUAGACCAACUUCCAGAAAUAUUGAUCCCAACGCGGGCAGGUCAACAGAUCGUCUAGACGAGAGUGUUGAGGAAGAGCGCGAUGCCUGGGGUAGUAAAUGGGAAUUCAUUCUUGCAUCCAUUGGUCUGGCUGUGGGUUUAGGAAAUGUCUGGAGAUUUCCAUAUUUGUGUCAAAAAAAUGGAGGAGGUGUUUUCCUUAUUCCGUACAUUAUCUUCAUGUUUAUCGAAGGAAUUCCUUUGAUGUUACUUGAAUUCGCUAUUGGACAGAAAUUUCGGAUGACAGCGGUUAGCCUAUGGAAGACCAUACAUCCGGCAUUAUUUGGAGUCGGACUGGCAUCAUUAGCCGUCUCCUUAUUUCUUUGCGUAUAUUACAUCGUUGUCAUUGCAUGGUGCUUCCUCUAUUUCUUUAUCUCAAUGCAAAAAGAUUUACCUUGGAAAAUUGACAAAUUAUGUGAUAAUUAUACAGACUACAAAUUUGUUCUGGAUGAAAAGGAAAAAUGGUCUGCUAACAAAUCAUUUUAUUCUAAACCUCCUUAUCUAAAUAAUUCAUUGUAUUAUAAUGUGUCGCAAUACGCUGAAAGAAAGUACAAUGAAAGCAUCGAGAAGAUAAACAAUUUUCCAGAUUGCUGCGUCAUUGAUCCUCCUCAAUGGUAUUUUUAUACCGAAGUUCUAGAUGUUUCAACGGACAUCGAUGAUUACAGUAAAGGUGUCAACUUAAAAUUAUUUGGAUGUUUGGUUCUCGCAUGGAUUGUUGUAUUUCUUUGUGUUGUAAAAGGAAUCAAGUCAAGCGGAAAGGUGGUCUAUUUCACUGCGGUAUUUCCUUACGUCAUUCUAAUCAUUCUGUUCUUCCGGGGGGUGACGCUAGAAGGAGCUGGAAUUGGACUAGAGGCAUUUUUCAGUCCUGAGGGAGCCUGGGAAAGACUAGGCGAUGUACAAGUUUGGAAAGAUGCGGCGACUCAGAUGUUUUUCACUCUUAGUUUAGCAUUUGGAGCGCUGAUAGCCUUCGCUAGCUACAUGCCAAAGAAUAACCAGUGUAUGAAUGAUGCUUAUACUGUGGUGUUUAUUAACUGUGGCACCUCAUUGUUUGCUGGUGUGGUAGUUUACUCCAUACUUGGCUAUCGACAAGUAAAGACUGGCAUUCCAGCUAAUAAGGUUGGUAGUGGACCUGGUUUAGCUUUCAUGGCAUUCUCCGACGCUCUUCUUCAGCUCGACCUAUCGCCCUUUUGGGCUGUGCUGUUUUUCUUUAUGCUCAUUUUACUGGGUAUUGAUAGUGAGUUUGGAACUCUUGAGGCAGCUAUAACUCCGAUGAUGGAGAUUGGGAUUUUACCCAAGAAAUGGAGAAAAGAAGUGAACACAGCAAUUGUUGUUGUUGUGAUGUUGCUAAUUGGAAUAGCAUUUAUUGCUGGGAAUGGAUUUUAUGUAUUUCAAAUAUUUGAUGGAUACGCUGCAUCACUUCCUUUAUUGAUUGUUGCUUUCUUCCAAUGUAUCGCUGUUGCUUGGAUCUACGGAAAUGACAGAUUUUCCGACGACAUCGAAGAAAUGACCGGAAAACGACCAUGGAUUGGGUGGAUGAUCUGUUGGAAAUAUAUUUCACCAUUAGCCUUAUUGAUCGUUGUCAUUGCAACUGUUUAUGAUCUCGGUAAAGAAAGCGCAAAAUACGACAUUUUUGUCGGUUGUGUUCAGGCACCAGUAAGUAACUCGUACAGCGGAACUAAAGAAUGGACUUCAAAAGUUACAUAUCCUGGUUGGGGCCAGUUUAUAGUUGCUCUUGUUAUUUUGGUACCAACAGUAGCAAUCAUCUUCUAUAUCAUUUACAAAUGGCCUAAAAAUUGGAAAGAAAGUUUCCAUAAAAUGUUCUGUACCGGAAUCAAUAAUUACCUUCCCGAUCCUGAUAAAGAUGAAUGAUAAGCUUUGGAAGAUUUUCAAUCAAUAGCCUUAGGUCGAUAUAGAAAGGUCUCUCAUGACUGCAUGAAUAUAGUAUGUUUAUGAAUUUACAAUACGUACUAAUACUAUAUAAUUGUUAUAUAUGUACAGUCUAUGACCACUUUUGUACACUCUGCAUUCAUUUGCAUUUCAUUUUAAUCGGCUAUAAUAUUCCUAUUUUAACCUAAAGCGUACUCAAUUUUUGCGCGGCCGAUUCCAUUCUUUCGCCAUUUUUUGGAAAUUUUCUGAAUUUUUGUGGAAAUAUCAUAGUCCGAUGGCAGAAUAACGCAAGAUUAACGCCAGGAAUGUUAAUUUUUACAAUAUCAGUCGCAAGUAGUUGCGAGAGAAAAAGAAAAGUGGAACGUCGUUGUAAAGAAAGGUGACUGGUCAACCAACGGGCUUGUAUAAGUAAAUUAGCUUGUAGGUACACCACGUAAGUAUUUAAUACUGCAGCUUUUGGUCCGUUAACCCGGGCCUUCAUCAGUGAAAGGAAUAGUGUAUUCAUUUGUAUAGUGUAUUAAAUACUUACGUGGUGUACCUACAAGCUAAUUUACUUAUUGAUGUCACCAUGCAGACAUACAAGAAUAUUAUGGCUUGUUUUUUGUCGAUACCAAGACCAAGAAAUACUUAAUUACCUGCUUAAAUAAACGAAAGCGUUCAUGGUAUAUCAAAUGCCUGUACUGCCGUUAAAAGACUUUGACUGAUACCAUAGGCGCUUUCUUUGGUGGGAAACCAUAAAAUGAAUUUGAGCAUUCAGCGUGUCAGUCAUAUCAUAUGCCAAACUGAUCCAAUGAUUAACUUCUAAGAACUCGAAGUUGCAGUAGAGAGCAAUAUAGUGGAUUGGUGAUAACAAUGCUGACCAUUGGUACUGUUUUAAAGACGUCAACAAAAAUUGCGUUUCAUAAAAACUGGUCCAUCAUGCACUGCCAAUAAUAAAGCGUCCCACGUGGACACUUGCAUCGGGUAUCGCAAUAUAUUGAGAUUCUUUUUUUUAAUGUUUUGAUUUUGUCUCAAGGGCUAGACUCAGUCUCCUU